CUCGUUUCCCCUUAGAUUAAUGUCACAUGCUUUAUUCCUGAUCUUGUUGUCCUAGUGGUGUGCAAGAUUAUCAACCAUGAGUUUAAUUGCGAUAUUACAUGUAUAAUGGUCUAAGACUCUUGAGUCAAGUUUAGGCGCAUACUUAUGGUGCUGUUAGCCUGACUUACUGAUUGCCUUCUUGGUGGUACUGAGAAUCUCUCAUCUGUUAAUUCCGAGGCCGGAUGAUUGUUGAGGUUCCUGCUUUUCUGCCUUGUUAUUAAAGAUUUGGUUUUGGCUGACUGAACUUAUUUGUUACUUUCUUGUAACAAGAAUGAACUGGGCUAAUGUUAGUUUGGAGUGUGGGUUUAUCAGUUGGUUGUGUUUGGGAUCAAUGUCAUUAUCGAUCUUGGUGUGUGGAUUAGGGUUGUGAAGAUGGAUUUUCUAUUUUCAUGGACAGUCUAAACUGGAUAGAGUUACUGCACAUUUAAUCAAGAAGCCUAAAACGAUCAUUUUCAGUUUUUCCACCUCAACUUAUGUCUCCAAUUUUUGGGCCACUUUUAGUCGUCUCAUCCAGCAAAUUAUAUUAUCUUUUUUCAUUCAGAACACUAGUUUGGAGUGUGGGUUUAUCAGUUGGUUGUGUUUGGGAUCAAUGUCAUUAUCGAUCUUGGUGUGUGGAUUUUAGGGUUGUGAAGAUGGAUUUUCUAUUUUCAUGGACAGUCUAAACUGGAUAGAGUUACUGUACAUUUAAUCAAGAAGCCUAAAACGAUCAUUUUCAGUUUUUCCACCUCAACUUAUGUCUCCAAUUUUUGGGCCACUUUUAGUCUUCUCAUCCAGCAAAUUAUAUUAUCUUUUUCAUUCAGAACACUAGUCUGUCCCCCGUAGUCAGAAAUUGUGUUUGCUGUGAGAUUUGAUGCUGUAGUUUACCAUUGCACAUGAGAGAGUCCAGUUUUAGCACCAUCAGUGCAAUGCUAUAUGUUUUUGCUUUCUAGUUUAGUGGUUUACAAUUUCAAUAUUUGGUGAUGAUGCUUUUAUCAGGUCCACUAAACUUUUGGCCAUGUGAUAUUGGCACAAAUUGUUUUCGAUGUUUUUCUUCCUAUUCUUGAUUAUUACACCCAAGAGAAAAAUUUGAAUCACCUGGAAUGCUGAUUACAAAACUUUACACUGGUAGAAUCUUCAUUCUAUGUGAUUCUAGGCUAUGCUUUCAUGGGAUACAGCUGUACUUGGUCUUGAAUUAUUUAUUGCAGAGGGUCUUGUGAUUUUAAUUAGUUAUGGUAUUGUGAGCAGAUACCAGACUCUCUUGACCACAUGUGAUUGAUAAGUGCACUCACUUUGGUUACUUGGUUGAUAAAUAUUUGAUGAAGGCAGCAGAAUGAUGAACAAAGUUGGAGCAUAACGAUAAACCACUAGAGUAAAAUCAGUUUGUAACGAUGCCUGAUUAUGUUUUUCCUCCUAUAUGGUUUGAAUUGAUUAGUGGAGGGCUCAAUAAUUGCAACAAAUGUCUUUUAUCUGCUGAUGUGCACUGUUUCUGUUGAAGAUGAUUGAUUAUGCAACUAGGAAAAGGACCUAUGGAAAAGGACCCAUGUUUGAUGUUUGUUUUAAGUUCUUUCGGAUAGGUAACUAUAUCCCCAGCAGAAUGUACUGCUAAUGGCAAAUUCAAGAUGGACAUCAUUGCUUGAGGAUUAGGAGCUUUUUAACUAAUUGGUGGUUUAGUUAUCAGUUUAUGCUGGAUUGUUAUCACGGAUUCUGUUGGAAAACAAGAUCAGAGGUUUUAUAUAUUGUCCGAUGAUAGUUAAACAGUGUUGCUGAACUGUCUGAUUUUUCUAAGAAUAUUUCCGUUUUGAAAUUCUGAUACAAAAACAAAUUUAGUGCUUGCUUACUAUCCACCCUGCUAUUGCCUGCUUGAGUUACCUUAAUGUGGUAUAUAUGUAGAUCAUGAUGGAAAGAGAUACUGGCCGUCCACGUGGAUUUGGGUUUAUUACAUUUUCUGAUCGUCGGGGAAUGGAAGAUGCGAUUAGGGAAAUGCAUGGACGGGAGUUUGGUGAUCGAACAAUCUCAGUAAACAAGGCCCAACCAAAAAUGGGUGGUGAGGAUGUGGAUCAUGGGUACAGGGGAGGCUACUCGUCUGGUAGCAGGAGAAGCUAUGUGGGAGGAGAUAGGUCUGUAGGACAAGAUGACUGCUUCAAGUGUGGACGCCCAGGACAUUGGGCUCGAGAUUGCCCCUCGUCAGGCGGUGGCCGAGGUGGUGGUGGUGGUUCAUUCUCAUCACAUUCUAGGUAUGGAGGUGCUGGUGGGCGUGGGGAUCGUUUUGGACGAGAUCGUGAUCGGUACAUUGAUGAUCGUUACGAUGGAGGGCGCUAUGGAGAGAGAGAUCGGUUUGAUAGCAGAGAAAACAAGUAUGGGAGUCGUGAACGCUAUAUGGGUGACAGGUAUGCACCAGCUGAGCGUUUUGCAAGUGAUAGGUAUGGUGGUGCUGAUCGGCACCCUCAAAAUGGUUAUGAUAAAGAUAGAGGCUAUGAUAGAGAUGCUGGUGGACGAGGUGGCGGUGACAGAUAUGGAAGUGGGGGGCCAGGAAGGAAUGAGGGAAAAAGCUACAGGAACAGGGCAGGUCCUUAUGAUCGCCCAAAUCGGGCAGGGCGACCGUCUUCCUUUGAUCGCUACUAAAUAUUUGUUAAAUACUUGUUUGCACGGAUCUUGAAGCUGCAAACGCAUGUUAGGUCUAUGGUUUUGUUUAUUUGUAGGAUGAUGAAAUGGCAAUGUAGUUGCUGGAUUGACUGAGGCAUUUGGAAUCUAGAAUUUGCCUGUUCUGUUCUCUGGUCCUUGUUUAUGCUUGAGAGGUUAAUCAUAUUAACACUUCAUAACGCCGUCACUGCCUUUUCCUUUGUCUGCCUGGUUGACGAACAAAUGCAGCAACAGGAGAGAAUUAGGAUUGACAUUUUGACCCCGUUGAAUUCUCAGGCUACCGGAAUGUUAUACCAAGUAGUGCUUAGUCAGUGGUAUGGGAGCUGUUGAUAUUUUUGCUCAACUAGGUUUACAGAGAAGUAGGAAAACUUCAGUUUCAGAGGGUUUGUGAUUGUGGUGGAUCAUGGAUGACUUUGAUGAACGGCUUCAGUUGAGUGCUCCUUUAGAGCUUCAAUGUCAUGGAUAACAUAUCAACAUUAUUUUGAUUGUUAUAAAUGGUGUAUGUUCAGUAUUCA